GGGUAACACCGUGCGAUGAGACGGUUGGCCGCUCGGCAUCACGUGACACCGCGGAAAGAUGGCAGCGCCGGUGGACGAUGAGUUUGAGGAUGCCCCAGAUGUGGAGCCCCUGGAGCCCACACUCAGCAACGUCAUUGAGCAGCGGUCCCUCAGGUGGAUCUUCGUGGGUGGGAAGGGCGGAGUGGGCAAGACCACCUGCAGUUGCAGUCUGGCCGUGCAGUUGUCACGGGGACGGGAGAGCGUGCUGAUCAUCUCCACAGACCCCGCUCACAACAUCUCCGAUGCUUUCGACCAGAAGUUCUCCAAGGUCCCCACCAAAGUUCGCGGCUAUGACAACCUCUUUGCAAUGGAGAUAGACCCCAGCCUGGGGGUGGCAGAGCUGCCAGAUGAGAUAUUUGAGGAGGACAACAUGCUGAGCAUGGGUAAGAAGAUGAUGCAGGAAGCCAUGAGCGCGUUCCCAGGAAUAGAUGAAGCCAUGAGCUACGCGGAGGUGAUGAGGCUGGUGAAGGGGAUGAAUUUCUCAGUGGUGGUCUUUGAUACGGCCCCCACAGGACACACACUACGGCUCCUCAACUUCCCAACCAUUGUAGAGCGAGGCCUGGGGAGGCUAAUGCAGAUCAAGAACCAGAUCAGCCCCUUUAUAUCCCAGAUGUGCAAUAUGCUGGGGCUGGGGGACAUGAACGCCGACCAGCUCGCUUCCAAGUUAGAGGAGACUCUCCCUGUCAUCCGAUCGGUCAGCGAACAGUUCAAAGACCCGGAGCAGACGACGUUUAUCUGCGUCUGUAUCGCCGAGUUCCUGUCGCUGUACGAGACCGAGCGCUUGAUCCAAGAGUUGGCAAAGUGUAAGAUAGACACCCACAACAUCAUCGUCAACCAGCUGGUAUUUCCCGAGCCAGAGAAGCCGUGCAGGAUGUGCGAGGCCAGACACAAGAUCCAGUCCAAGUACCUGGACCAGAUGGAGGAUCUCUAUGAAGAUUUCCAUAUUGUGAAGCUUCCUCUUCUCCCACAUGAAGUCCGGGGUGCAGAAAAUGUCAACACCUUUUCCAACCUCCUCCUGGAGCCGUACAGCCCCCCCAGCGAGAAGUGAGGUGACAGGGGCUGGGCGGGUACCCCACCGUUUCAUAAGCACUACAGAGGCCAGCAAGACAGACACCACCUCUCCAGCUGACAGACCAGGUUUUUCCAUCCCAAAGCCUCCUGUCACCCCCCAAACUCUUACUUUUGGGAAGGGCUUAUUUAUUUUUGGAUUUUGGGGAACAAGUCGCUUUGUCCCUCUCACUCCGAUCUCUCCUUGUUUUCUUGGUCUGUUCUGUCUCCCUCCCUUGUUAUCUGUCUAUUUGUCUCAUAUUUUCACUGACUCAUGAGUAUGACACAACAUAUAUCAGUAAAGAGCAUGACCACCACCAGAACUGUAGUUACAGUAUACGCCGUAUACAGUCCUCCCUUCCAUAAUAAACACAUUCUGUAGUGCUCUGCGACUCGAGCGACUAUUAAAUUCUGUUUAUAAAAAACCUUAAA